GCACGGGCCUCAUAAAAUACCACAAUGAAGGUGCCCUCGCACGAAUCCAUUUGUGACUGUGCGUGGGCGGGCGUGCAGACAUGAUUUCAUUUGCGAGUGGCUGGAGAAUGAGAAUGAGGGGGACCAGGACGAGGAGGAGGAGGAGGAGGAGAAAGAGGAAGAGGGCAGCCGGUCAGCGGCGGAGCGGACGACGGCGAGCGGAGGACGCCAAGCGCACUCAAGAAGGUGAUUGUGUCGCGACUUGAUCUCAACAGGCGUGUGCAUGUGAGUGUCUCUAUGGCGACAUGCAUGUGCCUGGUGGUGAGCGUGUAUGUGUUGGCAUGUGCGGGGUCCAACGUGGACACGCGCUUCCCGCUACUCAAGACAGGGGCGGACGGAACUUUUUUUGGACUUUCAGUCGCUCUGCAUCUUGACCUCAAGUCACGCACGCACCUUCUAUUGGUCGGCGCUCCCAGAGAGAUGGCGGAGGCGGAAGUGCCGGCCAAUCGAACAGGGGGCGUGUACUUCUGCCCGCUCACUGGUAACCAAUCGGAUUGCAAGAGGCUAUCGCUCAUCAAGACAAACUUGGAGCCGUCCGAGGACGUGGUUGAAGACAUGUGGCUGGGCGUGUCACUUGCCAGUCAAGGACCACCCGGGGGGCGGGUCCUGGCAUGCGGCCAUCGAUUUGUGAAAAUUUACGGCGCGUCCAAACUCCGGCACAUGAUCGGUCGCUGUUAUCUCCGUGGCAACGACCUUCGCCAUGCAGAUGCUGACGACCAAUGGCGGACAACUGAGCAGGUGUGCAGUCACCUGGGCGACGUGAGCGGGGAGGUCAUGUGUAACUCGGGAAUGUCUGCCGCCAUCUUUCGCCAUGACAUCAUCAUCGGAUCGCCUGGAAGUUACCAAUGGCAAGGAAACGUCCAUGUGAGCUGGAACAAUCCUGAUGUUGCCUUUGACACCAGGAGGAGCGCUUUCCCAAACCUGCAGCGAAGGAACAUCUACUUAGGCUAUUCAGUCACUCAGGCAGCGAGUCUUCUCUCACAGGAUGAUGUCACCAUAGUAACAGGUGCUCCAAAAGACACUAAAGAGGACGCUCGCGGUUCUGUGCUGCUGGCAGUCAAAAAUGGCACCGGCAGUGCGCUAGCCAUCCGGCAGACGCUGCGAGGAGAACAGACGGGCUCGUACUUCGGGAACGCCGUGGCUGCCGCAGACUUGGACAACGACGGGUGGUGCGACCUGCUGGUGGGCGCGCCUUUCUACUUCCGGCGGCAGCAGGAAGUGGGCGGGGCGGUUUACGUGUAUAUGAACGCAGGGGGGCGCUUUCACUCAAUGCCCACUUUAGUGCUGAAGGGGCCGCCCGCUUCGGCGUUCGGGAUGGCUGUCGCCCACGCCGGGGAUCUCGACCGAGACGGCUUUCAGGACAUUGCGGUGGGCGCUCCGUUCCAAGGAACAGGAAGCGUUCUGAUCUGGCGCGGGAGCAGCACUGGCCUCUCCACGCAACCCAGCCAGGUUAUCACCGGCAGCAGUUUGUCGACUCGUUUCUCCACUUUCGGGUUCUCGUUGUCCGCCGGACUGGACGUGGAUGGCAACAAACAUCCAGACCUUCUGGUUGGCUCUCUGGAUGACAUCGCCGUCCUUCUCAGAACCCGUCCAGUGAUUCACCUCAACCAAACCAUAAGAGUGUCCCCAAACAUAGUGGACCCCAACACUUGUGACUUUUGUGUUGAGGUGGAGCUUUGUUUCUCGUACACGCGGAGUACUGGCAAGAUGCACCAGCGAGACAACAUCACCGUCCAUUUCUCCGUGGCCGCCGACGUCAGCAGCCUGAAGCCCCGCCUGCGUUUCCGUGGCAAUGGUCAGAGCGUGUACUCCGGCUUGUUGCUAGUUCCUGGGCGUCGCUGCAAAACUCUGAGUGUCGGAUUGCUGACUCCGGUCCGAGACCAAGUGGAAGCGUUGGUGUUCUCGCUCAAUGUGUCUCUACACCAGAAGAUGCCCAAGAACAAAGACCCCCUCCAGGACCUGGCAUCUUUUCCCGUGCUUAGCCGCAGACACCAACCCGUCCGAACCCAGGUUCACAUCCAGAAGUCGUGUGGUUCUGAUAACCUUUGCCACAGCAACCUGCAGAUGACAGCCCAUUUCACAGACUUCAGGCAGCAGCCACUGAGCACGUGCUCUGGCCGUCAGGUGUGGUUCUACGAGGGUGGUGUAGACCGUCUUCUGUUGGCGGUCAACAUCAGCAACACAGAGGAGGACGCUCACUUGGCCGUUCUUAACGUUAGCGUCCCGCCUGCGCUGGUCUACUCCGGAGUCCGAACAAAGGGUGGCGUCCAGGAAGUCCAAUGUUCCGUGGAAGGUUCUGUGGUUCUCUGCGAGAUUGGGAACCCAUUCAAAAGCAACCAAACGGUCGAAGUGUGGAUCAUUUUGGAGCCGUCAGAGAUCAGUUGGGAUACUCGGGAUGUGGAGCUGCUGCUGCAGAUGUCCACACUCAGCGAGCAGACGGACUUGACUCCAGUUUGGGUCUCCUUGAUGGUCAACUUCUCGGUGGACAUUUCCCUCAUGUUGACCCAUCAGCCAGGCCCCACCCCCUUCAGCGGUCACGUGUUGGGCGAGUCUGCCAUGAAGACCACGCAGGACGUGGGUCCUCUGCUUCUCUUCACCUUCCAGGUGCAUGUGGGCGGUUGGCCACCAGGUCGCCGGGGCAACCUGGAGCUGGCGUUCGAUUGGCCGAGUGAGCUGUCCAACGGGAAGCGGCUGCUCUACCUGACUGAGAUCACGCUGAACGGAAGCGCCGAGUCGCGAUGCGUUCCCUCUGGCGACGUUAUCAACCCGCUCCGCCUCAAGCUUUCCAGAGAGGAACUGGAGAGGUGGGCAAGGUGGAAUCCAGACCAGGAAAAGGAAGCAAGGAAUGACGAGGGAGCGUUACGCGGCCCACCUCGCAGCAACAAAUCUUAUAUCCUGGACUGCGUGAACGGCGGUGCCAAGUGCGUGCAAUUUUCAUGUCAAUUGUCGCACGUGAAGAAGAGCGCCAGCGUGACGCUGCGAGCACGCCUGUGGAAGGCCACCAUGUUGGAGCACUACAUGGACGCCAGGGCCGUGCUGAUCCGGGGAAAGGCCACUCUCAGGCUGGGGGUCAUCAACAUGGAGCCCCCCGGUGCACAGAUGGAGGUCUACGCUUACCCUGACCUGGAGAGACAGAUGGGCAGUGGCGCCCCCCUGUGGAUGAUUCUGGCAUCCAUCCUGGUUGGACUGGGCCUGCUAGCGCUUAUCUGCAUGCUGCUGUGGAAGUGCGGCUUCUUUGUGCGCAGUCGCACAUGGCGAGCAGCGGCGCAGCACCGGGGUCGGAUCCUGCCGGCGGAGGAGCGGCACGCGUGCCAGGACGCCGUCUUGGCCACAAGCAGAACCAAACCCAAACGCUGGCGAACCUGGACCGUCGUGGACUAAGACGCCAAGCUGAACUGUCGAGUCAGCGGCGAUCACCAACAUGGUGGACCACGAGGAGCCUGCUCAGUGCUGAAAUGUGUCUUGAUUUUUAUACUUUUUUUUUUUUUUUAAAUCACAUUUGCUUUGGUGUAGAUUUGGAUAUGCCAAUGUUGAAAAUUUGUAUCGUCAGUAUUGUAGCACCUGAAGUAAUUAGAGCAAAUGUGUGUUGCAUUAAAUCGUUGUUAAAAAGGUCGUGACACCAUGUUGACGGACAGCUCCGACAUUAAGUGUCUAUCGUUGAGUAUAUGUAUUGUUGGUUUUAUAAAACUUAAUUCUCCGGGCUCUGGUAGCUAAUGCUAGGCUAAGCUAUUGAGUCCGACCACCUUUCCUCGUUGAUGUUUUGUAAACUUUGUGAUGUCAAACUUGUUUGUGGAUUAAAAGGAGCUUUCCAACUGGAA